GCCUCUUUGGGUCAGACUGCGGGGACGCGGGAAGUCCGGACGCCGUAGCGGCCUGAAGAAGACGCUUGAGACCGAGGUGCGGGCGCCGGUGGCGGCAAUGGCGGAGAGGCCCGAGGACCUAAACCUGCCCAAUGCCGUCAUCACCAGGAUCAUCAAGGAGGCGCUCCCGGACGGUGUCAACAUCUCCAAGGAGGCCCGCAGCGCCAUCUCCCGCGCCGCCAGCGUCUUCGUGCUGUACGCCACUUCCUGCGCCAACAACUUUGCGAUGAAAGGGAAACGCAAGACACUGAAUGCCAGUGACGUGCUCUCAGCCAUGGAAGAGAUGGAGUUCCAGCGGUUCGUUACCCCAUUGAAAGAAGCUCUGGAAGCCUACAGGCGAGAGCAGAAAGGCAAGAAGGAAGCUUCAGAGCAAAAGAAGAAGGACAAAGACAAAAAAACAGAUUCGGAAGAGCAAGACAAGAGCAGGGAUGAGGACAACGAUGAAGACGAGGACAGGCUGGAAGAAGAAGAGCCGAAUGAGGAGGAGGAAGUGGACAACUAACGGGAUGGGAAGACUGUGGCACGCUGGAAAGUACCACCCUGACGUGUGGUACGUUUGUGAGAAGCUCUUCCCUGCUGGGCAGAGUAGUCUUAGCCAGAAGAGCCUGAGAAGAUCAAAAUAAAAACUGACGAUUGAAUCAUCAUCAAAACCAGCGCUUCCGUCAGAGCAUCUGAGUAGCAGGGUCCUGUGUUGCUAAAUCAGUCUGAAGGUAAUGACUUUUAGGCGAGAGGGAUUCUGGGCGGCUAAUGUAAUUAGUCGAUCUGAUCUCUCCUGUUUCCUUACAUACGUGGUUAGGCAGUUUUUGAUCCCCAGUUCCGUUCUGACCCCCCCCCCCCCAAAAAAAGUAAUAAUAACUUCCAUGCUGCCUGCUGUGUUCCAGAUCACAGAGGCAGUCAAAGCUCAGGAAAAAUUGGGGCUUUGAGCAUGGUCAGCCGGUUGUGACUGUACAGGAUAUGGCAAUACUAGCUUAUUACAAGUGGUUAGAAUGGUUUAGCUUUAGGAAAGUACUAAAAGACUAUAGGAGAAUAAUGAAAUCUGUUGUCUCUUCACUUCAAGGUAACAUUGAAUUUUGAUUUCCACAGACCCACUGGCUUGCAGCCCCUCUAUAUUGCCUGGUAGGCAUUUGGCCUGCCGGGGUGGCUGCUCUCUGGCCUCAUAAGCUUUUAAAACAGCAGUGUAGAGUGGAGUUAGUCAAGCAAGUGUGCCAAUAUCUUACUCUUACCAAAACAAACAGAAAAACCCCACAAAAACAAAAUGGGAAAAAAACACAGAUGGUUUAGUCUUAGUUGCACCUCACUGCCUGCCACUGUAUCGCUUUAUCGUCACCUCCUGGAAGGUAUAAAAUUCCAGGCUUUCUCUUCUUGUAGUCCAUUUCCCAAGCUUGUGGCUUUAGUUUUUUCAUUCUUCCAAUUCCUGACAAGUCCCAAACUUUCUUCUAUGCACAUUUGGUCCCUCUGUGCUUCUCCCUUCCUGUCUCUCUUCUGCCUCUCUUCUGUUCCCCAUUCCACUUUCUCUCUCCCUCCUUUUCUCACAUCUGCCAACCCAGAAACUUUGAUAACCUGCUUAAAGGGCAGAAAUUUGAUGGUGCUCAGGAAUCUAAUCCCCACCCCCAAAAGCCAACCCCUUUAACUGCUUCUAAAGUAACUCUGUUGAUCUUAUUUUUUUUUCCCUUGACAUGUGGUGCCCCAAGCACUUUUUUGUUUGUCUCUAAGUUGAGCGCUUGGAGGUUGACAGGUAGUGAGGUGUAUGUAGUUUGACACUGUUAAUUUGUUAAACGAAUACAGCCAAAAGUUUGUUGACAACUGAGUGAAGACUAUUGAGGAAAAUUAUAAUGCUUUGUAUAAAUAAAGAACAUUCUUGUUAAAA